UCCGAACACAUUGGACCCACAGGAGGAGGAUCUGAAACGUUGGCAGGAUCAGGACACCUCCUAACCUACCAGCAGAACGAGCCUGGAUGGGAUUGUUUUGUGGAAGAUCUCGUUUUUCCGUCUGUCACCAUGGCGCGUAUGAACCGACCUGCCCCUGUGGAGAUCACCUACAAAAACAUGAGGUUCCUCAUUACCCACAAUCCAACCAAUGCCACUUUGAAUAAAUUCAUUGAGGAACUGAAGAAAUAUGGAGUGACCACCGUUGUGAGAGUAUGUGAGGCCACCUAUGAUUCCACCUUGGUGGGGAAAGAGGGAAUACAGGUUCUGGAUUGGGCAUUUGAUGAUGGAGCUCCUCCCUCUAACCAGAUUGUUGAUGAUUGGUUGAACCUCCUGAAGACGAAGUUUAGGGAGGAGCCGGGUUGCUGCAUUGCUGUCCACUGUGUAGCUGGCCUUGGGAGAGCCCCUGUCAUGGUUGCCCUGGCUUUGAUUGAAUGUGGGAUGAAAUAUGAAGACGCUGUCCAGUUCAUCCGGCAGAAGCGUCGCGGAGCGUUCAACAGCAAGCAGCUUUUCUACCUGGAGAAGUAUCGUCCAAAGAUGCGCCUGCGCUUCAAAGACUCCAACGGCCACCGCAACAACUGCUGCAUCCAGUAGUAAAGCCAACUAACUCAUAGUCCAUGCCAACAAUGCCCCUAUAAAAAUACAUUCAUUUCUUUAUCUUAUCUACCUGGCAGGCUUGUUUUUUUUAGUAAAUCCAUUGUGUUAAAGUAUUUCCACCGGAAAUUCAUUCUUAAAUAAUUCAAGUUUUCCCUUCUCAAUUAAAAAAAUGUCAAGUGUCAAAAAAAAAGAAAAAGAGGUUAGUUAGUGAACAAGUGACAGUGAGUGAGUGUUCUCUAUGUGUGCCCUUGGAAUUGGAAAGGAGCACAGCCAGUGAAGUAAUUUUGUGAACAUCCAGAUGUUGAUUUAUACAUGUUGAACACAGCCCAAGGUUUUAAUUGGCAAGGGUGCUUAUUACUUUAAAAAAAAUAACAUUUAAAAAAAAGUACUGUAAUGAUGAUUUAACAUGAGUAGUUAGGUAUCCCUUUAAAUUUUAUGAUUCAGUUCGAUACUGAAUAGAAAGAUGUAUGCCUUCCUCCACAUGGUUAAAACUUGAAAUGCCUUACAAUUAAAAUGGAACAAAAAGGCAAUCGAGUGGGUUUGUCAUCCACUACAUUAGAAAAGGUUUCUUUUUUAACUUGGAACAAAAGAAUGUUGCCUUUGUCUUGUGCAGGACGUCUACACACUUAAGUCCUUUCAGUAACUAUUUUUAAUAUGAAAUGCUUAAUUGUUGCAAUAUUUGUUUAUUGAAAGUCUGGGACCUUUUAUUUUUUUAUUUUCUCUUAUCAAAUCUCGUUGAUUAAUUACUGCCAUGUCCAAAAUGUGAUUUGUGUUUUUCGCUUUUAAACUGGACUUCAACGUCUGCGAUAUUUUGUAUGCCUUUUUAUUUUGAUGUGCGUAACUUAAUACUUGGAUACUUGAUGAUUUAUGUAUUUGAAAAUGUGUAUUAUUAGGUUGGCUAUUUAUACUAUCAAUGGAUGUGUGUUUUAGUACUGUGAGCAACAAAUUGUAACUGUUCACCAACUUGUAAGAGUACAUUAAAAUGAUACACUGAAAACUUG